AUGAACCGCACCCUCAAUGCCACCAUCACUUCUGAGCCUGGACCUGGUCUGACCCCAGGGGCUGAAGAUGGAACCUCUCUGUUUGGCGGUAGUGCUGCUGGAGCCAGUGGAGGUCUGUGGGUGACGUCCCUGCUCGGUGCCAUGCUUUUGGUCAUGUGCGCCGUAGGACUGGCGGGCAACAUUUACACGCUCGUCGUAACGCGCUCCGCCGCUUUGUGCCAGAUGGGUUCCAUGUACGUCUACAUCGUCAACUUGGCCCUGGCCGACCUGCUCUACCUCUCCACCAUCCCCUUUGUUGUCUGCACCUACUUUGUCCAGGACUGGCUGUUCGGCGAGGCUGGCUGCCGCAUCCUCCUGAGUCUCGAUCUCCUCACCAUGCAUGCCAGCGUCUUCAUUUUGGUUGCAAUGAGCUUAGAACGUUACCGUGCCGUUGCCAAGCCCUUCAGUGCCCACAGAUCCUCGUCUCGGAACCGACGACUCACUGCAGGAGUUAUUUGGGGGUUGGCAUUCACUCUAAUGCUUCCCAUGAUGGUGAUGAUACAGCUCAGGGAGGCCAAGGGCCUUGUGAAGAGAAUCUGCUACCCUACCUGGACGCCUGAAGCUUUCAAGGCUUAUCUUACAGUACUGUUUUUCACAAGUGUCUUAGUCCCUGGACUGAUAAUCGUUGGACUGUAUGCUGGGCUAGCAAGGCGCUACUGGACAGUGCAGGCUAGCUUAGGGGGUAGCAGCCGCUCAGCCCAGAGGAAAGGACUCAAACAAAAAGUGCUAGCGAUGAUAUUAAGUAUCGUAGUAGCCUAUUGGGUGUGCUUCCUACCGUUUUGGGGAUGGCAAAUAGCUAAACUUUUCUCCCCAGAUUCCCUCAAACCUUUGUCUGCAGCUGCUCACAAAUACGUCAAUUUCUUUGUCACAUGUCUUACCUAUGGGAACAGCUGCAUCAAUCCAUUUCUUUACACUCUCCUGACCCGAAACUACAAAGAUUAUUUGGCUCAGAAAGGUCCGUCUGGGGGAUCUAGCAAGGCUGAUCUUGGAACGGCUGUGACAACACCUCUUCAGGAACUCUAA